CGCAAUUGCAUGUGGCCGUUUCGAUAAUGCUUUUAGCUCUCCACAGCCACAAGCGAGCUUUUAGUUACAAGUCUGGAUAUCUUUUAUCCUAAAACAUAGAAACUGAAUUCAGAUGGAGAAGCACCAGUUUUACAAGUUCCUUGUCUGGACAUCUGUUGCAUUUUCCUCUCUUCAUUGCGGACUGGGAAUAAAGUGUGCAAGCAAUGGUCCAACGAUCCAGCAGACUCAAGUGGGCUAUGGCAAUCCUCCAAAAUAUAUGGUGGAAGUGUACAACAGAUGCCCUAUGUGCCCUGUAAUCAACAUUCACUUGAAAUGUGGAAGCUUUCCUCAAGCGCUUGUCAGUCCAAGGCUUCUUAAAGUAGUAGCUUUCGGUGACUGUGUUGUAAAUGGAGGAUUGCCUUUGGCUCCUCUACAAAAAAUUUUCUUCAAUUACUCCCAUUCCAAGUAUUUAAUGCCUCCAGCUACCUGGUACUUCCAGUGUGAGUGAAAUGAUUUGCCUUCUUUUAUAUCUAUAUAGAUAGCCAUUUCUAUUUUUCUUGGUACCAUUUUCCCUCUUAAUUUCAAUGGUUACUCAAUCCAACUAUUAGUGUGUAUGUGCACUAAAUGCAAUAUAUAUUUUAUAAAUAAAGGUUAUAUUUAUCGCUAA